AUGAAAACAUGAUGUUUUAUUGGUUAUCUGUAUUAACUAACUUUAUUGAUUUAUUGUUUAACUAAUUUGUAAUGUAAAUAUGAUUUAAAUUAAUACAUUGCUUUUAAAAUGACUGAAUCUAGUGAAAAGUUGGAGAUUGAUUCUAGGGACAACAUACAAGUCGAAUUUGCUGAUGCAUGUACUCUACCAAAACCUUCUGACGAACAAGAAAGUUUCCUCAUUGAAAAAUCACAAGAAGCACCUGUUUCUACUUCAAACCUUGAUGAGGUAAAAGCUGAGGAAAAUAAUAAAAAAUAUAACGAAAAAAAUGUACGCUAUGAAGGCGAUAUUGCAAUAUAUACGGACUUAGAAUCCGGAUAUGAAUAUCAAUGGGAUACAGACAAGAAUGAAUGGGUGCCUCGUAGUAACGUAACUUACGAAUACGAAGACGACACUCACGUUUACACUGAUAAAGAUGGCACUAAGUUUUUUUGGGACAGAGAGAAGAAUGCUUGGUUUCCAAAAGUUGAUGAUGAUUUUAUGGCACAUUAUCAAAUGAAUUAUGGGUUUAAUAAUCAAACCGACACAGAAUCAAAAACUGUAGAUUCCAAACUUUUAGAUGCCCCUCCACCUACUGAAUCAAAAAUUAAGGGGGAAAAAAGGAAAGCUUCAGAACCAACUUGGUUUGAGGUAGAUGAGAGCCAGAAUACUAACGUGUAUGUCUCAAAUUUACCUUUAGAUAUUGAAGAACAGGAGUUUAUUGAUUUGAUGCAAAAAUGUGGCUUGGUGAUGAGAGAUCCAGUCACAGGUAAAUUCAAGAUUAAAUUGUAUAAAGAAACAAACACCGAAAACUUGAAAGGGGACGCCCUUUGUACUUACAUAAAAAUAGAAUCUGUAGAUCUGGCUUUAAGUGUGUUAGAUGGUUAUAAUUAUAAGGGACGCAAAAUUAAAGUGGAGCGUGCUAAAUUUCAGUUAAAAGGUGAAUAUGAUCCGAAAUUAAAACCAAAAAUGAAGAAAAAGAAAGAAAAAUUAAAACUAAAAAAACAACAGGAGAAAUUAUUCGAUUGGAGACCCGAAAAGAAAAUAGGUGAUAGAGCAAAACAUGAGAGAGUAGUGAUAAUCAAGAAUCUUUUUGAACCUUCUCUGUUUGACCAAGAUGUUGGUCUCAUUUUAGAAUUUCAGCAAGAUUUGAGAGAGGAAGCUGGCAAAAUAGGGGAAGUGAGAAAAGUAGUCAUAUAUGACAGACAUCCUGAGGGAGUAGCGCAAAUAUCAAUGGCCCAGCCAGAAGAGGCUGAUCAAGUGGUGGUGAUGUUAAAUGGAAGAUGGUUUAUGAAAAGGCAACUGACAGCAGAAAUAUGGGAUGGAAAAACUAAGUUUAAAAUUGCCGAAACAGAUUCGCAAAUAAGUCAAAGGCUAGAUGGCUGGGAUAAAUAUUUAGAAGGGGAUGAAAAAAAAAGUGUAAUUAUUGUAAAAAAAACAUUAAAAUAAACAAAAGUAUUAUAUU